ACGUAAAAUAAUGAUAUGUAAUGGUAACAGGACUGAGAUGAGUCCAAUUGGGUCUGUAAUCACACGAGUGAUUAACAAAAUCGAACGUACCGCGUAGCGGGAGUCCGAUUUCUUUAAUCACGAGUAUGAUUACAGACCAAAUUGGACUCCACUCAGUUUGUCCUGUUACCAAUUAAUCAUAACUUUAACAAAAUUUGAGAUAUAUAAGGCUCUUUUUUGAAAUCAAAAUACAAGAAAUUCCAAGGUUUUUGGCUAGCAGCGAAAAAAAGGUCAUUUAAGCGCGCGUGUGAUGGCUUUUACUGUCCAAAAACUUAGGCAUGACGCGUACUGUCCUAUUAAACUGUCCAAUUAGGGAUGAAAACAGGGCAGUUGAUAGCUAAUAAGAUUUGAGAAUUUGUCAAUAGUUAUGAUUAUGAUAAUAAUGCGUUGGAAAAACAUGAACAUGUUAAAACUAACGAGAUAAUAUUCCGACGUUUCCUCAUGACGCUAUUAGUGAACUUACGCAACAGGACGGGAGAGGAAAGAAGACGGCAAACCUCGUGUGACAAGCGUGACAGUAAUUUUGUUCGAAUUAACUUUUCGCCAAACUUCACUUUCUUUUAAACAGAUCUUUUUGUAAAAGACCAAAAAACAUUGAUGUUAGCGAAGUUCGCGUCAAAACACGCAACUGAUGGCCUUGUCACGUUCGUCACGCGCAAGGGAUUUGCCGUCCUCUUCUUCCUGCCGUCCUGUUGCGUAAACUCACUAUUAUCAAGGAAUGGAAAUUCAGAGUACUUUUAACUCUUUUUCAACUCGCAUCAAUUUCUUUCCAUUCUUUGAAAAUGGCGUCAUGAGGUCGCCGAAACGUCGGAACAUUAGUGAGUUUACGCAACAGGACGGUAGGAAGAAGAGAACGGCAAAACACUGAUUUCCACUUAACAUUAAUUUCUUCUGCUUUUUUACAAAAAGAUCUGUUUAAAGGAAAGUGAAGUCUGGCAAAAAGUUAUUCAAACAAAAUUAUUGUCACGCUUGUCACACAAGGUUUGCCGUCUUCUUCCCUCUCCAAUUACAGACCUUCAGAUUCAAAGACGAGGUUUGGCUAGUGAACUUUUCUCGCAUAUUCUCCAAAAAUAGACACCCCGAAAAGCCUUACUGUAACUUUUUUCACCAGAAAAGUUAGCACUGUUAUCUUUAUUGAAGGUUUAAGCCCUCUCCUGAUUAGGCUCGAUUACCAGCUGCUGUUCGGGAAAAUGAGCCCGCACUCAUCCUCUCUCUUCGGGGAGAUCAAAGAUCGGACCCGGGAGAUGGUGGAAAUCGAGCUUAUCUCCUGAUCGCAAAAUGAUAAAACUUCUAACAAUUGAUAAGUUGUUUGUUUACUACGACAUUCUCGCUUAAACUCGUAGUAGACUGACGACGGCUAUCACGUUUUCCCGCUAAAAUGACGCUGGUGCACGCGCGCACACUACUUAGUAUGGAGAAAAUUUCGUUCUCCUAGUUGUCCUCGUCUUAGAACCUAAAGCUCUCUUAUUAGUUUUUACAUGAUAACAACAACUUUUUUGUCCACAGUUAAAAAUCAUCAGACGAAGAGAAACUCUUAAAAAAUUUAACUAAUCAAAGGUAACGACGAAUUCUAAAAAGAGUAAGAAAAGAAUUAUGAAAAAAAAAAGAAAAUGUGCCUGCCUUCCAUGGAUGCCUGCGAAAUGGUUAUCGACCAUGAUUCAAAAGAAAUCACCGAGAGAGUUCGCGUAUACCUCAGCUCAACAAGUGAAUUAUUCUACAAUACCGAACCUCUAUAGCUAACACUGUUUUCAACAUAAUUGGCACCAGGUAGUGGAAUAGCUAGCUUGGCCUCCGAAUCCCUCAGAGAACAGGGACUUCAUAACGAUAAGAAAACAAAGAAUUCAAAUAUUGAACAAGACCAGAUUCAGAUUCAGAUUCUAUAUACAUGUGUUUUCACUAUUACAAGAGGUUACUGCAAAAAAAUACACCAGCUCCAAGGCGCUAAAUUUAACGAAAGGCAGUCUAAAACCAAUGCCAGAGACAAUCUUUUACCGAUUUUAUCAAUAUGUACAUUCGGUGACAAAUUUUCAUCCACAUAAACAUGGUUACAAUACUCCAUACAAACCCUUCUAAAUUUUUUUCGGUCGACCCCCCAAAAAAUUAGAAGGGUUUGUAUGAAGUUUUCUGAGUAUCACUGGGCUACGAUCUCAGAGACAAUUUGCCCCGAAAUGCUCAUUUUUGUCAAGUAGGCCUCUUGGACAUUGUUCUUUCAGAAUAUCCUGACAAAUCCCAUAAUUUCAGAAAUUUCAUUUUUAUGACGUCGUCACUUUAGUACUCUAUUAAUCCUAAGGAUAAGUCAAUUAGUCCUGUGAGUCAGGAGCCUUACAUGAGCAAGUCUGAAAUGAAACAAACUAUUAGAGACAAGUUUCGAGAGUUAAUGUAGCCUGCGUGGCAGGCGUUCGAAAGGGAAGGGGAAGGGAAUUAGGGCGCGAGACCACGCGCGAGGGGGAGGGUUCCUUUCCUUUCUCCCUCGCGCGCCCAAAUUCCCCGUUCCCCUUCCCCUUUUAACCCCUGCCAUGCAGGCUAGAGUUAAUGGGAAGUGCUAGUUCUAGACCCAGUAGUUAUAAUCAGAGCUCUAACCAGUCUUUUCAGUCAAGGGGUUUCCGGUCCCGUUUUGGCGAUGCCGUUUGCUAUAAUUGUGGUCGAAAAAGGCAUACUUAUUAUUUUUGCCGCUCUAAACCUGAUCCUAGAAAUUCUCGUCGUGGAUGCGGUAGACAAUAUUUUUAUCAGAAUAGAGGUCAAGAUGCUUCUAAUUGGCAACCUAAGCAGCAGGGAAACUGAAGUGCGCCCCUGUCUCGUUAUAAAAUGAGCCCGUGAUGGGGGCUUCGAAAGUUGUAGAGCAGAAUCAAAGUUUAUCGCCAGGAUCGUGCUUAUUUGUAAAUAUAAGUAUGAGAUAACGAUUAAAGUACUUCUGCAGUUAAUGGCACACAAAAAGGCGACAAAACUAACUUCAUUUUAUGUACAGAAGAAAUGCUCAAGAUUACAAAGUAGCUUUACCUUUAAUCAAAGGACUUCUGUGGUAGGGGGGGAUUUGCGUACCUCUGGAAAAAGCCUAGAUUUGCUACUACAAGGGAGUUAUUAUGACUGACUGUCAUACAGCUGUGAUGUUGUUUGAUAUGAUUUUCGUGUUGAUCACCAACUCAGGUUCGUAUACGUUUUCAUAUUCAUCCUAAUUUUCUUCAAAUACAAUUAACAAAAAGUUACGAACCGAUAUUAAAAUUCAAUGUUUUCAGGUUGAGAAAAAUCGAUAUCUCCAUAAGUUUAAUCUGAACAUUUACCAUAUACAUUAGUAUUUCUGGCUAUUUAAAUCAGACAAAAAGGUUUCCGUUGUAAUUGUUAUCGUGUCCUAGUACUGCGUACACAAGAGAAUUACGAGGAAAGUACUUCCUGGUGAAAUCAUUUAUUAAACAUUCAAAAGAUUUGAAAAAUGUCGGGUUUGCCGAUAUUAAUAUCUAAGUUUUUCCUGCGUGUGUUCCCAAGUUUAAGCCUAUUGCUAAUUAUUACUUUAAAAUGUGAAUAUUAAACGAAGGCCAAAUUAACGGACGCGUUAUCUUUUCUUACUGGAAAACUAAUGUAUAAACUGCUACAGGCUGGUUGUAACCUUUUUAGUUUUUCUUUGGUGUCUUUAGCAGUUUUAAGCUUCCUGAGCCUAUUUCUAGCCAAUCGUUUAACAAUCAUUUACGCCAAAGCGCAUUCGUUCACAUUUUUUACUAGAAGACUAAUAGAUAAGCUCCUUCAGCACUUCAUUUGGUCCCGAAGAGCGAAGAAAAGCGAGCACGAACUUCUUUUCUUUUUUUUUUCGCGCUAGUCGCGAGCCACUGAGAGCUUGGAGCGGGAUAACAGAUGAGGCGAUUGUAAACAUCCUUUUAAAAGAACAAUAA